AUGGAUUCUACCAAGCAGCCCGUCAAGCUCGUCAAGGUCACCCGUGUCCUUGGCCGCACCGGUUCCCGUGGUGGUGUCACCCAGGUCCGCGUCGAGUUCAUGGACGACCAGACCCGUUCCAUCAUCCGCAACGUCAAGGGACCCGUCCGCGAGGACGACAUUCUCUGCUUGCUCGAGUCUGAGCGUGAGGCCCGCAGACUGAGAUAG